AUGUACUUGUUAAUGUUUUCAUUCAUUUAUCCUAUUGCAGCUGUCAUUUACACUUUGCUAAUUGGGCCAUUGGGAGUAGUUGCAGCUUGGUACUCAAUAUAUCAGCACUCAAGUAUCAUUUCUCGGAUAAUUGUGACAAUAAUAUUACUCCCACAUAUUCAAAAAGUGGCCUACGAGGCAGUACUUAGUCGUGAAAGUAACAAUCUGUUUGUGCGAUUACUAAGAGCCAGAAAUGGUUAUCGAACAGAAUCAUUGUCAAUAUGGAGUAGAACUAAAAGUUAUUUGUAUGAUAUUUGGCGAUUUUCAAUUUUCCCCAUGCUGUUGCCAAGGAUGAUUGUUUUGUGUCUCAUUAGCUUCAUUCCAAUAAUUGGUCCUAUAUUGGUGUUCUAUUUCCGUGUAACGUCAAAGGGGUUUUUAGCUCAUAGAAGAUAUUUCAUUUUGAAAGGUUACCACAAAACAGAGAUGAAGCAAACUUUUAGAGCUAAUAGACCAUCAUAUAUUGCAUUUGGACUCGCGGCUAUCUUGCUUGAGAUGAUACCAUGGUUUGACAUUUUGUUUAUGUUUACCAAUACUAUUGCGGCAGCUUUGUGGGCUGUGGAUAUAGAGAAUAAAGAGAGGCAAGCAUUGCAUCAGAUUGGGGAUGAAUACAUUGUUGAGUUGGAUCGGGAAUCAACCUCGUUUUGA